CCGCCUCUGCCUUUUAUCGGAACCAGAUGCGCCGCUCUGGGCCAUUCUCCCCCCUCGAAGCGCCCCCCGGUGACCGUACCCCCGCUGCGGAUCUCGUCGUCUUCCAUUUCCCUUAGAAGCAAAAGCGAGGCGUGAGCUUUGGAGAAGGAAGAAGGGAGAGAAGGGAAUGGGGUGCGCGCAGUCGCGGGUGGACAACGAGGAGGCGGUGACGCGAUGCCGGGAGCGGAAGCAGUGGAUGAAGGAGGCGGUGACCGCCCGCAACGCCUUCGCUGCAGCCCACUCCGCCUAUGCUGUCUCCCUCAAGAACACCGGUGCCGCCCUUAGCGAGUUCGGCCAGGGAGAAGUCGCUGCCAUCCAUACCUCCACCGCCGCCGCCGGUACUGUCGGCCACCACUCUGCCGCUGCCUCUACCUCCGCCGCUGCCUCCGUCCAGCCCCCUGUGGACACCCUCCCUCCCCCUCCCCCUCCGUUACCGGAUUUCUCCCCCUCCCCUCUCCAGCGCUCCAUCAGCAUGCCUGACAUCCCCCCCUCCGAGAAGUUCCCUUCCAAGUUCCCCCCGGAGGCUUCCAUCCGCGAGGAGGAGGAGGAGGAGGAUGAUGACGCCGGUGGCGAUGGCGGAGACCUCGAGGACCACCGUCGCCACCGCCGCCCCGCCGCCGCGAGCCCCUCCCCCUCCCCCUCCCCCGCCCCGCCGCCGCCUCCUCAUACGCCUCCACCGCCGCCAAUGCCGGCGGAGUCCACCUGGGACUACUUCUUUGCCAUGGACGAGAACAUGCCCGGCCCGUCCCUGGGCCACCCUGAGGAGAUCGGGCCGGAAAGAGCGGAGGCCCCGGAGGAAGGCUUAAAAAGAUCAGCCCCAUCACCCCCGCCCCCCGCCAUCGAUCACGAGGUGGCCGGUGCUGAUGAUGACUCUCCGAUGACGCCUGAGAAGGUGGUCUUGGAACCCCCAUUGCCGCCAAAGCUGGGUAAGAAGCAGAAGCCAGGCGGCACGGUGCACCACCAGCAUGCGGCCUCGGCGCCUCCCGUAGAUGCCAAGAGGGGAAAAAUGGUGGCGUUCGCUGCCCCCAGCAUCAAUCUACUCCAGGUCCUGACUGACAUUGAUGACCAUUUCCUCAAGGCAUCGGAGAGUGCUCACGAGGUGUCGAAGAUGCUUGAGGCCACUCGCUUGCAUUAUCACUCUAAUUUCGCUGAUAACAGAGGACACAUUGACCAUUCAGCAAUAGUCCUGCGAGUCAUCACAUGGAACAAGUCAUUCAAAGGCAUACCUCAUGGCAAUGAUGGAAGAGACGAUUUUGAUAAUGAUGAAUGGGAAACUCAUGCCAUUGUGUUGGAUAAGAUGUUAGCAUGGGAGAAAAAACUAUAUGAUGAAGUGAAGGCAGGCGAGCUUAUGAAAAUUGAGUAUCAGAGGAAGGUUGCUUUGCUUAAUAGGCAAAAGAAACGUGGUGCUGGUACCGAAGCACUAGAAAGAACUAAAGCAGCUGUAAGCCAUUUGCAUACGAGAUAUAUUGUUGACAUGCAGUCAAUGGAUUCAACAGUCUCAGAAGUUGAACGUCUGCGAGAUGAACAGCUGUACCCAAAAUUAGUGGAACUUGCUGAUGGGAUGGCCAAAAUGUGGGAAGCCAUGUAUGUGCAUCAUGACAACCAGCUGAAGAUUGUACUAAACCUAAAAAUCCUUGACAUCACAAAUGUUCCCAAAGAAACAAGUGAACAUCAUUAUAAACGCACACUUCAGCUGUUCGAAAUUGUGAAAGAGUGGCAUUCACAGUUCGAUAAACUUGUGAGUCAUCAGAAAGAUUACAUCCGAGCUCUUAAUAAUUGGCUGAAAUUAAACAUUAUCCCCAUUGAAAGCAGCUUGAAGGAGAGAGUGUCAUCUCCACCAAGGCCACGUCAACCCCCUAUCCAGGCCCUCCUGCUUGCAUGGCAUGACCAUCUUGAGAAGAUUCCAGAUGAGCUGGCUAAGAGCGCUAUUCUUAGCUUUUCAGCGGUCAUCAACACAAUUGUGAUACUUCAACAGGAGGAGUUGAAACAGAAAGAGAAAUGCGAUGAGACCCGUAAGGAAUAUCUGAAGAAGGCACGGGCAUUUGAGGAUUGGUACAGCAAGUAUUCACAGAGGAGGGCAACAGCAUUAUCUGAGGAGGCUGUGCAAGAGGAUAGUGAGGCAGCUUCUCAAAAGGACCCUGUUGCAGAAAGGAAGUUUGCAGUAGAGUCUGUAAAGAGUCGGCUGGAUGAGGAGGAGGACAACCACAGGAAGUUGUGCAAACAGGUGAGGGAGAAAUCAUUCGGAAGUCUCAAGACACAUCUGCCAGAGCUCUUCCGGGCUAUGUCUGACUUUGCUUAUGCUUCUUCUGACAUGUAUAUGAAGUUGAAGUCGAUCUCUCAAGGGCAGAAUCCAGUCACUAACUAGCUCAAAGAACUCGCAUGUAUAGGUCUAAUAUGCACCUUGGUCUUUCCUUUUAGUUUUUGGUUUAUUUGUUCUGUUGUUAAGUUUUCAAGUGUUGUACUUAGGCAAGAGGAAGUUCUGGCUUUUAAAAUAUCUUUUCUAAUGUUAGAUAUUUAUUUUCAUAUUUAUUAAAUUAUGCAGGAAUAUGGCAUCAAAUCA